AUGUCUUCUCCCCGCCCUUCGUCGCCCGCCCCCGGGGCUGCUGCCUCUGGCGCCUCCGUCCGGCCUUCGUCGCCCGCGCCCCCAGGAGGAGCCAAGACCCAGAUCCGUCGCCGCGCCGCCGCCGACCAGAAGGAGAAGAUUGCCAAUGCGCGUCCCAGCAGCACGCGCGCGGCGGGUGCCGGUGGCAGCAGCAGCACUAUGCUGAGGCUGUACACCGACGAGUCCCCCGGCCUCAAGGUCGACCCCGUCGUCGUCUUGGUUCUGUCGCUGGUCUUCAUCUUCAGCGUUGUCGCUCUUCACAGUAUGUGUCUUCUCUCGCGUGCCGAGAUGUGGGCUGGGUUCGGGUUUGCUAACGCCUUCCUCUUUCCUCAGUUAUCGCCAAGAUCACUCGACGAUUCUCUAGCUAAAUAG